AUGGCUACCAGGACCCGUCGAUCGCACGACGAUUAUACAGUCGGAUGGAUCUGCGCGCUGCUACUCAAGAUGGCAGCUGCAAAAGCUAUGCUAGAUGAAAUCUAUGACGAUCUACCAGUGCAAACAACCAACUAUAAUGCGUAUAUACUUAGAAGGAUCAAAGAACAUAAUAUUGUGAUUGCCUGCUUGCUAAGCGGUAAUUAUAGGCUAGUAUUAGUGAACACAGUUGCGAUACAGCUAUUGUUUACUUUCCACUCGAUUCAGUUUGGUCUGAUGGUGGUGAUGUGGUGGUUAGCAGACCAACAGACAUAUAUGGUGGAGUGGUGCAAUAUAACUAUGGCAAGGCAAUAA